UGAAAGAACUGUAAAAUAUAUUUUUGAGGAUCUACUAGGCAAGAAAUUUCUAUCACGCAGGCCAAAUUUUUUGGAUGGAAUGCAACUCGAUAUGUAUAAUGAAGAACUACAACUAGCAUUCAAAUUCCAUGAGAAUACGCGAUCAGAAGAAGCAGGAUAUAUGCAAGAAGCAAG